ACAACGGGCCUACGGAGAUCCACACGCCCAUCGUACCCCGUGAUCUCCGAAACAACAUAACAAAGUAGGGAAAAGAUGGCGAGCAGAGAGGAGGCAAGACGCCCCUCUAUUACCUCCUCAUCGGUUGCCCUCGAGGCCUUGUUCCCAGCUGGAGGUUCGGAACAAGCAUGCGGUGAUGGGAAUCCCGAGCUAAUUCGUUUGAGGGACCGUCUUCAAGACUGGCUAUUGCAGUAUGAGCACUUGCUCUUGUGGGCGCAGAGGCUUCUUGUUUGGGAGAGGCCGUUGUACAGCAUCUUUGUUGCCCUCACACUGAACACCUUGUUCUGGCUCUUAUCCUCCACAUCCCUGCGGCCUCUUUUCCUACUGAGUGUGUCUCUCUUGGGACUCAUGCUACUGGAGAGAUGGAAGCACAAGUUACCACUUGUCCGAGUCCAAAUCCCAGAGCCAGAACCCAGCCCAAUAGAAAGAGAGACCAUGGCUGUCCACCCACGCCUGCUCAGCAUCCCUGAGCUUAGCCACCAUCUGGCAGAGAGCUUCCUCACAUGUAGCCUGUACAUCCAGGAGAUGAUGCAGUACAAGCGUCAGAACCACGGCAAGUUCUGUGUGAUGAUGUGUUCAGGAAGCUUUGUGUUGGCUGUGGUCGGCCAUUACAUACCAGGAAUCAUGAUCUCCUACAUUAUUGUGUUGAGCGUGCUGCUGUGGCCCCUGGUGGUGUACCAUGAGCUGAUCCAGAGGAUGUACACAGGCCUGGAGCCCAUCUUCAUGAAGCUGGACUACAGCAUGAAAGGCGGAACGCAGCACCGCAAACACGAUAAGUGGAAGGUGAAAAAGCAGGCGGAGGAGGGCGAUGAGCCCCAGGCUGAGACCGAGAGCGACAGUGAGGAGGAGCUGUCCUGCUUUGCCCCCACGGUGGACGUGAAGACCACAGCCUUGGCAAUGGCCAUCACGGACUCUGAGCUGUCUGACGAGGAGGCGUCCAUCUUGGAGAGUGGAGGUUUUUCUGUGUCCAGAGCCACCACCCCUCAACUCACAGACGUCUCUGAAGACCUGGAUCAGCAGAGCGUGCACAGUGACCCUGAGGAGGCCUUCCUGAGGGACCUGCCUGAGUUCCCCUCCGUGGACGAGUUCCCCUCCAUCGAACACAGCCUUCUCCACUUCCCGCUGCGGGCCUCGGGCCAGGCUCCCGGGGACGGGGCCCAGGGAGAGCCCUCCGAGGGGGAGGCCUUGAGUCCGGCCAGCCUCCUCUUCCAGCACCUGGCCUCGCCGCUUCACUUUGUUAACACGCACUUCAACGGACACGGGCGGCCACCGGGGGGGGACCAGGGGACGCCGGCGGAGCGGAAGGAGGCGGCAUCCGCCCAGGGCCCCCGGCGCUCUCUGGAAGCCCUGAGUGAGGAGAUAGUGAGUACGGCCAUCUCCACCGUGGUGCAGAACACUCUCUCCGCCCUGCUGCGCUCCACCGAGGCCAGCGAAGGUCCCUCCAUGGAAGAGUUCCUGCCUGCCGAGACGCUGCCCAACGCCCUGGACAGCCCGCCACCCGCCGAAGCCAGCCAGGAGACCCUGGAGGACGAGGUUGCCACGGAGACCAGGGAGGAAGAGAUGCAGGACGACACUCUGGUACCGACCGAGGAAGAGGACUUUGAGCUCCUGGACCAAAGUGAACUGGAACUGAUGGACGAAGGGCUGGGUCUCAGUCCUGACGGACAGGGAUUGGAGGGAGAAGCCUUGCCCAGGAACACGCCCCCGUCUCCCCAACACCAACAGGAGUCCUAGCUUUCUCAUCGUUGCCCAUCCCCCAUGUAUGUUUUAUUUGUACAUGUAGAUAUACAUACAUAUACAUAUAUACUUCUUCCAAGGGUUGGUGGUUUAAUAGCAGUUGGUUUGUGAUUUGUUUUUGUGAGGGGUUAGCAUCACCGUGGAUUAUUCUGCGCCUGCACAUCUAUAUCAUGUCAGUAGUGAUUGAGCCUGGGCACUGUACGGCACCUGCAUGGGAGAGGGCUCGUACAGCUUGUAGACCAAGGGAACAAGCCGUCAGCGCUGGGUCAGUCACCUGCCGCUGUUUGCGUUCCGGUUCUCCACCCUCUCACUUUAGACCUCAGCGGAAGGAUGGAGAACCCCCGACGCAGUGCCAGUUAUGUCUCUGCUCAGAAGUUCUGCAUCACCCAACACCCAUCUAGGAGAUGGUUAGCAGAUGUUGCAGGAGUUGAAGGAGAAAGACAAAAGGUUUCGUUUAUAUGAUAUCUCCUAAUAUAUGAUAAAUUAUUUAAUUUAACAGACCGUAUAAGGAAACCUGUGUUUGGGCGAGGGGGGGGGGGGCGUCUGAUAACAACAUAUGCAUUGAUCGUGCUAUAUUCUAGACAGCAGUUUUAUUGUGAAGUAACGAACGCAUAUGUUAUUUAGACGUUGUAAAACCUCAACAACUCUUCUCAAAGUCAUUCAUUCAAAGGUCUUGGCAUAUGUCAUGCUACUUUACAACUUUCUGAUUUGCUGACACUUCUAAUAAAUGGUUUUAGGAAAAAGAUUAUUUUGUUUCAGUCUUCACCCAAAUGUUUUGACACAAUGCCUUCCUAAUUUGGACAUUUUAUUUCUGACACAUUGGUUGUAGUUUUAUCCACAUCAGUUUGUUCUUGAAUCGUAUGAUUGUUAGUUUUGACUUGGAAACCUAAAUGCCUUUGCAUUCCUGGGUGUUCAUUUAAGAAUGCAUCACAGCCCGCACAAGGUAUAUAUAUAUAUAUAUAUAUAUAUAUAUAUAUAUAUAUAUAUAUAUAUGAUGACGCAGUACCAUAGUAAUUUGUUUUGUUUUCUGUAAGGAGGUCAAGCUCCCUAAUCCCCCACCAAAUAAUGAGUUGUUUGUACAUGUAGACUUGCUCUGUAUCAGUACGUAUACACAAAUAAAUGGAUUGUGAUUUUUGUACCAGAAACACCAGAAACAGCUCUGAUCAUGGAAAUAUGCAGAAUUGUACCGCUUAUUAAAACCUUAAGAAUGUUACUUUUUUUUUUUAUUCAAUUGUGUUUUCACUGGAAAGCCCACAUAACAACUGCUAGGAGGCCUUUUAUAAUGUGAUUUCAAACCAGAGAGUGGUCCUUGCAUAGCACUUUUCCAUUGACUAAUGUGUUGUCUCAACCCUAGAUGGCUAAGAAUUGGUUGCAUUAACCCCAUGUUACAUUGCUUUAAGGCGGAUCUGUAUUUGCUCAGCUGUACCACAAGGCCAGCCUUCUUGCUGCCUGUGCCUGUCUGCAUUCUAUACUCAGGGGUGGUUUGUACGUAUUGUUGGUGCAAUGAAGCAUCAUGACAUGGCAAAUAAAAUCGUUUGUAGUGGUAUGUGAAAUAGACAAGACUUGUACAUUCAGUAACCACCUCUCCCCCAAUCCCAAGUUGUCCUAGUGCACUGUAUUGUAAAAUAUCACAACAAACCUUUUCCUAGUCAGGUCCUUCAGAGCACUUGUGUACAGUUGAAAAUGCAAGAAUAAUUUGUAUAUUGCAGCAUGUAUAAACAAUGCAUUCAAAGGUGAAAUGAGGGGUGCUUUCCUUUAGAUUAAUGUUAGUCCAAAGUAACAGAGGAUGUUGGUUAACUUGACAAGGCUUAUCGUUUGGUUACAUAAACUGACGCAGAGAAAGGGAGCAAGGUCUUGUAUUUGUAGCAAACAAGCAUGCAAUUUUUGGUUGCAGCUUAGAUGACAGUGAGACCAGAAUUCAUAGGACACUAAAUUGUUUUAAGGAAAUAUUUGAUUUUGAUGUACUUAUUUCAAAAGUGAUUUCUGCAAAUAAUCUCCUUGUAACUUACUAUAUAAAAACAAGUUGUGAAAUCUA